AAUGCUGCUAAAGGUAAUACUUCUUAUCGCCGCCAUUGCUGGCAUCCAUGCCGAGUCACCUGCGAGAGCUCCAUAUGCUCCGGCAGGCUGGCGUCCACGUGUGCCAUUUGAUUUGCCCAGCCAGAAUCUGCCGCCAGUGGGCUCCAGCUUUGAGAUCAGCAGAGAACGCGUUGAGCACGCUGCCACCUUUAAUGCACCCCAGGCAAAUUCCAAUUACUUGCCCCCAAAUGCCGAGGUACCCAACCAAGGAGAUAUAUUGGAGAGGGAGAGGGAGCGACAGGCGACUCAGCUACCAAGUCCGGCAGCCCAAUACGGAGCCCCAGUUGAUGGCAGCUUUAGAAUAGACUAUCCUGAUGAGGAAAACCCAGCGCCGUCCACUGAUUUGCAGUCAAGAAUCGAGGAGGGCCGUUAUUAUAUAGUUUCCGCCGAUAACAAACUGCAACGUGUUCUAUAUCGGACUGUGAAGAAUGCAGAGGAUGCUGCUGGCGAUGGCUUCACGGCACAGCUGAGAUACUCCUCGGUGGGUGAGUUGCAGGAUCCGAUUUAUAAAUAUAAUAGUCAGGGACAAUUGGAGCGCGUGCUCAAGUAA